AUUCAUAAAAUGAUAAUACAAUUAUUUUACAGCUUAAAUAUAAUAAGAUAGGUGAUUAAUAAAAUAACAAUAAAAUAUGAUACAAUUAUACAACUUAUACAAUAAAAAAUGGUGUUAAUAAAAUAAUAAAACAGUUUACAACUUAAAUACAAUAAAAUAAGUGAACAAAACAAUGCUUGCUUGCACUGUAGUUUAUAUCUGUUAAGUUAAUCAUUACAGUGUGUGUGCCAUGUGUCUCCUCCCAGUAGAGUAUUAGAGCUAAUCAGCUUGACUCUGCAGCUCACAUCUCCACCUCACUGGGAUGUGCUAAUCUGAAAUGACUAACAGACAGAACCGACCCGAUGUGCUCGCUGUAGCUCACCUGAGGAACUUCCUGAAGCUCUGAUAGCAAACCCUCAGUUCUGUCAUGGUGGAACCAGAACGUGGUCUUAUAAUGGUGGUGAAGCAGCACGCCCAUACCAGGUGUUGGGUGAGUGUGCUGAGCUGCCUCCUGCUCGCCUGCCUAUACGUUGGCAGUUUGUACGUCUGGAGAAGCAGCUUACCCAGGGACCAUCCCAGUGUGAUAAAGCGUCGCUGUGCCAGUGUGCUGCUGGUCGCUGCUCUGUCACCUGUAGUGGUGAAGGCCUGGAUGCACUGGGCUGAUGUCAGGGUGGAUGCGUCUGUGUGGGAGUUGAUGGGAGUUCGUUUGGAAGGUGUGGUUCCUGCAGCCGUACUGCCACUACUGCUAACCAUGGUGUUUUAUCUCGGGCCCCUGGUUCAUUCUGCGAUGGACAACACUGAAGGCUUCACCGGGGAACUGCUGUCUGCAGUGGAUGUUCAGUCGUGGAGGUUAUGUGUGGGAGAUGUAGUGUGGCUCAGGAACCAGGUGGUGGCACCAGUGACGGAGGAGCUGGUGUUCAGAGGGGCCAUGCUGCCCAUGCUGCUCCCCUGCACAGGACCCACAGCUGCCGUCUUCAUGGCUCCGCUGUUCUUCGGUGUUGCCCAUUUCCACCACAUCGUAGAGCAACGGCGCCUCCGCAAGGACAGUAUGAGUGUCAUCCUCUUGGUGUCAGGGAUGCAGUUCUUGUACACGACUGUGUUCGGUGCCUUCACUGCCUUCAUAUUCAUGAAAACUGGUCAUGUUGUGGGUCCAGUUUUGUGCCAUUCGUUCUGUAACAGUCAGGGCCUGCCUGACAUCAGCUCUGCCCUGCAACACCCUCAACGAUCAGCUCUACUCUUCUCGUAUCUGAUGGGGUUGCUUCUGUUUCUGGUGCUACUCUUCCCACUGACGGAUCCCUUCUUCUAUGGUGCCAUUCCCAUCUGCAGCCUGGUUGCCCCUGCAGCGUCUGCAUGCUAGAUUAAAUUACAUUAAAUAUACUCCCGCUCUUAAAACAUUUUUUUUUUUACGAUGGAUUUCAUUUUAUGUUGGGUUUUCAAAUAAAAAAGUAAUUUUA